AUGAAGUUCUAUACUCAAUCCUUCAUUUACGACGACCCGUGGUCCAUCGUUUCUCUUGCUUACUUCCUUCGCUACCCGAAUCCAUAUGCCUCCCACAUCAUCUCUUGCGAUGUCAUUUCUCGCACACAGACUCCUUCGGGCACCCUUCUUACCACCCGUCUGAUAUUGAAACGAGGCGCUUUGCCUCGUUGGGCUCCCAAGGGCAUCAUUUCCCGCUCAGAGUCUUGGGUUGUCGAAGAGAGCGAGGUGGAUCCUAUGGGCAGGACUGUUCGUUGUACUACCAAAAAUCUGGAGUUUACAAAGGUCAUGCAGGUGGAAGAGUCAGUAUUUCUUCAUCAGAAUGAUGAGGGUAAAACAAUGCAGAUCAGUGAAGCUCGAAUACGCUCCCGUUUUGGUUGGGGCCUUACAAAACGAAUCGAGACAUUCGGCAUGAAUCGAUUCAAGACACAUGUACAACGGUCGAGGGAUGGUAUUUCGUUGAUUUUAGGGAUGUUGCGCCAAUCCCGUCUUCAGACCUUGGGAGGGCCUGCUCCUUAUUCUCCCAUGUAUUUUGCACCCGGUAAGAUACGUGCGAAGUGCUCCAACCCGCCGAGCCGUAUCAACAGCAGAUACUACGCCGAAGUGAGACGUAUGUGGCCGUAA